GGAGAAGACGUUAAGUUUGUUAAAGAUUUUUGCGCGUUUGUUAGAAAGAAAUUGAAUGGAAUGGUAUGCAUUUGGCUUCCUACCUCUUUCUUUCAACUGCAACUAAAUAUAAAAACGAAAGGUUUCUCUUUUCUAUUUUUGGAGCCAUCCUUUAGGGCCUCUGAUUUCUCAGUGAAUUAAAUAUCCAUACACAUCUGCUUGUGCUUCUCUUCCUUCCUACAUUCUUGCCUAAAGGAUUUAAUCAUGGCAAUGGCAGAAAAUGUUUCUGGGCCGCUUGAUCGACAUAUCAAAGCAGGUCUGGAAAAAUCUGACAUUGAGAACUAUGAGGAGGAAAGGAAGACUAGGCUUGGAUCUCUAAAGAAGAAGGCAAUUAAUGCCUCCAACAAGUUCAGGAAUUCUUUGACAAAAAAGGGCCGCAGACACAGUAGAGUGAUGUCUGUUGCAAUUGAGGAUAACAUUGAUGACGAGGAAUUACAGGCAGUGGAUGCAUUUCGUCAAGUACUUAUCCUUGAUGAGUUAUUGCCCUCUAAGCAUGAUGAUCACCAUCUGAUGCUCAGAUUUUUGAGGGCCAGGAAAUUUGAUGUGGAGAAGGCAAAGCAAAUGUGGUCUGAUAUGCUCCAUUGGAGGAAAGAUUUUGGUACUGACACAAUCAUGGAGGACUUUGAGUUCCAGGAAUUAGAUGAAGUUGUGAAAUACUAUCCACAAGGAUACCAUGGGAUUGAUAAGGAAGGAAGACCUGUUUACAUUGAAAAAUUGGGUGAAGUUGAUGCCAAUAAGUUGCUGCAAGUCACAACAUUGGAUAGAUAUGUGAAGUACCAUGUGAAGGAAUUUGAGAAAACCUUUGCUUAUAAGCUCCCAGCCUGUUCAGUUGCAGCAAAGAAGCACAUUGACCAGAGCACCACUAUUUUGGAUGUGCAGGGAGUGGGUCUCAAACACUUCACCAAAACUGCAAGGGAUCUUAUUACACGCAUUCAAAAGAUUGAUGGUGACAAUUACCCUGAGACACUAAACCGCAUGUUCAUCAUCAAUGGGGGUUCUGGAUUCAGGCUUUUAUGGAACACUGUUAAGUCUUUCCUUGACCCUAAAACUGCUGCCAAGAUCCAUGUCCUGGGUAGCAAAUACCAGAGCAAGUUGCUUGAAAUAAUUGAUGCUAGUGAGCUGCCAGAGUUUUUGGGUGGUACUUGUACUUGUGCUGAUAAGGGUGGCUGUAUGCGCUCUGACAAAGGCCCAUGGAAUGACCCAGAAAUAAUGAAGAUGGUUCAAAAUGGUGUAGCCAAAUGCAAUAGGAGAACUUUGUCAGGAAUUGAGGAGAAGGAAAUCUCUGAAGAUGAGAAGGCAUGCUCAAAGAUGGAGAGAGGCGAUUCCUUCAAUGUAGAAACAAAUAUGGAUGUUGUGCAUCCAAAGUAUCCUGUUCCUGAAGAAUUUCCUAUUAUCAAAAAGAGAGACAUUGCCAACAACUUUGGCAUCAUUCCAAUCGUUGACAAGUCUGUAGAUGCUGCUUGGCCUACUCCAAUGCAGAAGCACGGAUACAACAUCUCUAAAGAUCAUUUUCCUGCAGGCGAUGGUUGUAAGUCCGAUGGAAAUAACAGUCCAAUUAUUAGUGGGGUUCUGGCCUUUGUGAUGGGAAUUGUCACCAUGGUUCGCAUGACGCGCAACAUGCCAAGAAAGCUUACUGAAGCUGCUAUUUAUGGCUAUGAUGAUUCAAUGAUGAAAAGCCACGCAUUGCCAGCGCCCUCCAUCUCUACCACAGAAUACAAGAACAUGAUGAUGAGCAUGGCUGAAAUGGAAAAGAAGUUGAAUGUUCUUGCCUCAAGAGCUGAUACUAUGCCACCUGAGAAAGAGGAAAUGCUGAAUGCUACUUUAAGGCGCGUUGAUUUCCUUGAGCAAGAGCUGUUAGCAACCAAGAAGGCACUUGAGGAUGCAACUACUAAACAGCAGGAACUCCUGGAGUACAUUGAAAAGAAAAAGAAGAAGAAGAAGAAGAAGGUAUGCAAACGUUGACAUAUCUCAGAUGUUCUUUAUAAUUGCUAUACAUGACAAUCCUAAUCAAGUUCUUUCAUAUUUCAGUUUUUCGGAUUUUGACUGAAGAAUCCAUAACGCUUAGUGAGGGUGAAAAGUUCUGAGUUUUUCUGCUGCGCUCCAAAAAAUAAUUUGAGAACUUACAGUCAGACACAUAUGGCGAUUAAUAUAAACUUCAUUGCCUUAUGUUGGUUGUUACGUAAAAUCAUUUUCUGCUUUGUAUAACACUCGACUCAAACCUUUGUACAUUAUACACAUGGUAAUUUUUUUGCUUUCCUUUGCAUAAUUGUGCAACUCACACCACUUUAAAGACUCAUUAUUUCA